AUGGCGAGCUACAUCAUCUCCGUCGCCCUCAUUGCCUUGGCCUCCAUAACUGCCAUGGCUUCUGAUCCCGGCCAGCUCCAAGAUUUUUGUGUUGCCGAUGAGAAUUCGACAGCUUUGGUUAAUGGCCUCCCAUGUAAGGACUCGAAGAGGGUCACCGUUGAUGAUUUCUUCUUCAGUGGCCUUGACAAGGCUGGUAACACUUCGAAUGCGGUUGGUUCCAAGGUGACCCCUGUCAAUGUGGUUCAGAUUCCUGGGUUGAAUACAUACGGCAUCUCCUUAGUUCGCAUCGACUAUGCUCCCUUUGGACUCAAUCCACCACACACCCACCCGCGUGCCACUGAGGUCCUUGUGGUGUUGGAAGGCACCAUCCUUGUCGGCUUUGUAACCUCAAACCCUGAGAACAAGCACUACACCAAGGUUCUUAACAAGGGAGAUGUGUUUGUGUUCCCUCAAGGCCUCAUACACUAUCAAUACAACAACUGGACUGCCAGUGCCGUGGCCAUUGCUGGGCUCAGCAGCCAAAACCCUGGUGUAAUCACUGUUGCCAAUGCUGUCUUUGGAUCGACACCGCCAAUCCUUGAUGAUGUACUUGCAAAGGCCUUCCAAGUAAGCAAGGAGACAAUUGAUAAAAUUCAGGCCAAGUUCUGAGAACAUAUCAGAGAGUUUAACCAUGUUACAUGUUAAUUUCAAUGUUUGCAUACAUUCAUUAUUUCGAUCAGUUUGAUUAAGAAAGCAUGUAUUGCCGUGUGGGUUUGAAUGUAAGGAUGUACCUUUCGUUUUAAUUGAGGCAACCUCAAUUUGUUUUCAUGGAAUGGAACAAGGAACACAUACCUUUGUGA